AUGGAGAAACAACCUCUUCUUGAAAGACACAAAGAGGAAAGAAACUGGUCCUUGAAGAGCUGGCUCACCAGCUGUGUGCCUUCAGCGUCCCAGGCCCGGAUUCCAGACGACGAGUUGGCCUCAAUGCUUACUUCUGAUAGCCCACUGGACUCCGAUCCGCUCCCAGAACUUCCUGCUACAGAGUAUGUGAUUAGUGAAUUGGGUGCUGGGGAGAAACUCAAGAAGCUUCGUGGACUUAUGAAAGAGCAUAAUAUUGCUGUUUACAUUAUUCCUUCGGAGGAUGAGCAUCAGUCUGAAUACACAGCUGUGGCUGAUAAGAGAAGAGAGUAUAUAUCUGGGUUCAAGGGGAGCGCAGGAAUAGCUGUGGUGACUCUUGAUGAUCCAGAAUCGUUGGAAGGAGAAGCUGCUUUGUCUACAGAUGGAAGGUACUUCUUGCAGGCCGAGAAGGAACUAGAUGAGCGGUACUGGAGGUUGUUGAAGCAGGGCCAGGUUGGGUACCCCAGCUGGCAGGAGUUUGCGCUUGGAAAGGCGUCGAAAAGUAAGGUUUCGAAUGUGAUUUCUGUAGAUCCCAAGCUUUUGAGUCUUUCUUUGGGCCAGUUCUUCAGCAGUACGCUGAGGUAUAGAGGAGUGGUGUUUAAACCAUUCAUUGACUACAACUUGAUCGAUAAGGUAUGGGGAAACGAAAAGCCUUCGAGACCUUCCGAUAAAGCGUAUGUUUUUGCUCCGCAGUUUGCUGGCGAGUCGCCAAAUGAUAAGAUACUGAAGGUGAGGAGUCUCAUCAAGCUGAAAGACGCUACUCACCUUGUGAUAACUGCAUUGGACGAUAUCGGAUGGUUGUUCAACUUACGUGCGGACCACUCGAUCCCGUUCUCGCCCUUCUUUUUUGCUUAUGCCGUCGUUACUUUAGAUAAAGUGUACUUGUACGCUGACAAGUCACUCCUUGCAUUUGUGCGUCCACAUCUUUCAUCCAUUCAUUCGUUGACCGUCAAGCCAUACGGAGACUUUUACUCAGACUUGUCUACAGUCAAGGCUACUAUUCAUGACCAUUCCGUGAGAGUUGUUUUGCCUUCGAAGAAUGCAUGCAACUAUGCCCUCCUUUCAUCAUUGCCUCUGUCUGUAUCAAGGCAGACAGUCAUCUUCGACUCGGUCAUCUCUGUGCUCAAGUUGACAAAAAACAAGACAGAACUCUUUAAUGCCAAGAUUGCUCAGGCCAAAGAUUCUCUUGCUUUUAUCAUCUUCUUUUCUUGGUUGGAAAACGAGCUAAUCCAUAAGCAAAACAAGGUUACCGAAUACGAAGCAGCACAAAAGAUAUAUGCCAUUCGCUCUCAGCUCCCUAACUUCAAAGGCUUAUCUUACGAAACCAUUUCAUCGACUGGGCCCAAUGCUGCAAUUAUCCACUACGCUCCUACUAAAGAGGAUAACGCUGUCAUUGACCCAACCACGCCGUACCUCAUCGAUUCAGGUGCUCACUACCUCGAAGGAACUACUGAUAUAACUAGAACAUUCAAGUUUGGCCAAAAGGGCAUCACUCCUGACAUGAAGAAGUUCUUCACGCUUGUGCUCAAAGGUCAUUUGGCUGUGGCAUCUGCUAAAUUCCCAGAUAGCCCAUCAGCUGGCACUAUACUUGAUUCUUAUGCCAGACAACCUCUCUGGAACGAAAACUUAGACUUCAACCAUGGCACUGGUCAUGGUGUUGGUGCGUUUGGUAACGUCCAUGAAGGUCCUUUGUAUAUACCGCUGGGUGGUGGUGAUGUGAACUACUUCAAAGAAGGCGCCAUUGUUACGGAUGAACCUGGCUACUACGUGGAUGGAAAGUUUGGCUUUAGAGUCGAGAGUGAGCUUGAAGUCGUUGCCACAGACAAGAUCAAUCCAUUUAGAGGUUCUGAUUUCUUGGCCUUUAACUAUUUAACCAAGGUACCGCUUGGUCUCAACCUUAUUGAUCCAGAAUACCUCAGUGCCGUGGAAAAACGCUGGAUAAACAGCUACCAUAGAUCGCUUGUUUCAGAGUUUGGCAGCAAACUCCUUGACCUUGGUGAAUACCGUGCUUACGCUUGGCUACGCAAAGAAACUGUCCCGGUUGUGUAA